AUGACGGUCAGCUACAACCACCAAGUGGCCACCUCGAAGCCCUACUUAAUUCUGAAGCUUUUGGGCAGAUGGAAAGGUUCCGUUUGGAAAGCCGUCUCGGUCGAGCUUGGCAUUUGGCUAGUUCUGUACUACACAAUUUUCUGCGUUUAUCGCUAUGCUUUUGGGCGUAGCGCACAACAAAGAUUCGAAGACUUUAUCCGCUUCUUCGAUGCCUCGAUGAAAUAUAUUCCCCUGGAUUUUCUAUUGUCCUUCUUUGUUACAAUCAUUGUCAGCCGAUGGUCGACGAUUUUUCAGAAUUUGGGCAUGAUUGAUAACAUUGCCUUAUUUACUUCGAAUUUUGUGAAGGGAACGAGUGAUCGGGCGCGGAAUAUCCGAAGAAAUAUUGUUAGAUAUUGCUGCCUGUCGCAAGCCAUGGUUUUCCGCGAUUUGAGCAUGCAGGUUCGCAGGAGAUUCCCGACCUUUGAAGCGUUGGUGUCUGGAGGCUUCAUGAUGGAGCACGAGCUCGAGCAAUUCCACGCCGUCAAAAAUCGAUACGCCAAAUAUUGGGUGCCGCUGAACUGGGCGCUGACGCUGUGCAACGACGCGAAAAAGGAGGGGUUCAUCGAUUCGCAUAUCAACGAAUAUGCCAUCACGCAGGAAAUCCGCCACUUCCGCACCGGGCUGUCGCUCGUUUGGCAGCACGACUGGAUUUCGUUGCCGAUUCUGUAUCCACAGAUCGUCUUCACAGCCACUCAUGUCUACUUUCUCUUGGCGCUGUUCUCUCGUCAAUUUAUUGUCACUGCAGAUCGGGUGCCUGGAGAGGUCGAUAUUCACUUCCCUGUGAUGACCGUCUGCCAAUUUAUCUUCUACGUCGGC